ACCGUCGUCGGCUUAACUACACAUAAUGUCGAACACUGGAAUCGUAUUGUACGGAACGGACUUUAGUCCUUGUGUUAGAACCGUAAAACUUACCCUGAAGGCUUUGAACUUGGAGUACGAGUACAAGGAGGUCAAUCUGCAGGCGGGAGAGCACCUCUCCAAAGAUUACCUCGAAAAGAAUCCCCAGCACACAGUUCCCGUGCUCGAUGAUAAUGGGAUCAUCCUAUGGGAUUCCCAUGCCAUCGCCACCUACUUGGUGGAUAAGUAUGGCAAAUCGGAUGAGUUGUAUCCCAAGGAUCUGGUCAAGCGGGCGUUGAUCAACCAGCGUCUGUUCUUCGAGGCCAGUGUCACUUUUCCCGGGCUGUAUAACAUAGCCAGACCAUUUUGGUUUGAAGGUGUUACCGAGGUGCCCCAGGAGAAGCUGGACACAGUGCACCGGGGUCUCAAGUUGCUGGAAUCCUUUCUGGCCAGUAGCUCGUAUCUGGUUGGGGAAUCGCUGACUCUGGCCGAUUUGACAGCUGGACCAACGGUUAGUGGCCUUCGCGCUGUCGUCGAUAUCGAGUCAGCAGUGUAUCCCAAGAUCACCGCCUGGUUGGAUCGCCUUAACCAGAUUCCCUUCUACAAGGAGAUAAAUGAAGGCCCGGUUCAGGAAUACGUCGCAUUCCUUCGCAGCAAGUGGACCAAGCUGGGGGAUAAGUAAACAAUAAUAUCAUGAUAUAUGUUACAUUUAAUAAAAAAAUAUGAAUACUGACAUGUUUAUUAUAUUUUAACCAUGUGCACUGAAAAAAUAUUUGUCAAUAAACGCAUUUUUUGAUUUAUCUGUUAAAUUGUAAUUUUUUCAAUAGCUUUAUUGCUAAUUAAACUAGAAUUAAUUCCGGCAACAUGCUUGGUAAGAUAAGAUACAGUACCCAAUUAUUGUUAAGAACUUAUUAAAUUAUCAAUCUGCUUCAAAACUAUA